AUGGAGUUUAACAGUUUAGCUUUCCUUUCUCCCCUCUUAUUCUGCAUUGCCCUCAUCUUCCUUUACGUAGCUCACAGAUCCAUCAACAAGCAGAAGAGGCUUCCUCCAGGCCCCAAAGGCCUCCCCUUUAUUGGGAACCUCCUCACAAUUGGUGACAGACCCCAUGAGUCCUUAACCAAGUUAGCCAAAAUUUAUGGUCCGCUCAUGACAGUCAAACUUGGCUGUGUCACAACUGUAGUUGCAUCUUCAACUGAAAUGGCUAGAGAAAUUCUCCAAAAGAAUGAUCAUGCCUUCUUGGGCAGGACAAUCCCGGAUGCAGUCACUGCAGAAACUGAUUACGAACACUCCAUGGCUUGGCUUUCUGGAGGUCCACAAUGGCGAAAGCUUCGUAAACUUUGCAACAGUCAAGUUUUCACCACCCAAAGAUUGGAUGCGUUGCGCGGAUUGCGGCAUCAAAUGAUGGAAAACAUGGUUAAACGAGUUUCAGAUGCUCGAGAAGCUGAAGAAGCUAUUUAUAUUGGGAGGUUAGUGUUUGGGACAACGUUGAACUUAUUGUCCAACAUGAUGUUUUCGAUUGACAUGCUUGAUCUGGACUCCGAAGAGGUUAAAGAACUAAAAGAGUUGAUUUGGAGGAUUGAUCGUUUGCACGCGUUAAUUGAGAACGCAAUUGAUCGUCGCACGAAACGUAGGGCUUCUAGAUCAGAGAGGUCGGGAGAUUUCUUGGAUGCUCUUCUUGAUCAUAGUGAAGAACAUGGCCCGGAUGAACUGGACCGCCGCGAUGUUAGGCUACUGCUCAUGGAUUUGUUUAUAGGCGGUACAGAUACCACCUCCGCCACUAUGGAAUGGGCAAUGGCGGAGCUUCUUCACAAUCCAGACAAGAUGGCAAAGGCAAAGCAAGAAUUAAACCAAAAAAUUGGCUCAGGAUCUAGCGUGAAGGAGCAAGACAUCCUGCAACUUCCUUAUUUAGAUGCAGUCAUAAAAGAAACGAUGCGGCUUCACCCAACAGCGCCCCUUCUGUUGCCCCACAGAGCCGAGACAGAUGUAGAACUUUGUGGUUAUAUCAUUCCAAAACAUGCUCAAGUAUUUGUGAACACAUGGUCAAUCACAAGGGACACAGCCUAUUGGAAAGAGCCCACCAUAUUUCGACCGGAAAGGUUUCUGAAUUCAGAUAUUGACUUCAGGGGCAGGGAUUUAUCUUUCAUCCCUUUUGGCGCUGAAAGGCGAAUUUGCCCCGGAGUGUCACUGGGAGUGAGAAUGGUGAACUUACUGUUGGCUACUCUUAUUCAUAAUUUUGAUUGGAAACUCCCCAGCGGUAUGGAAACAAAAGAUAUGGACAUGAAAGAUAAGUUUGGUAUCACACUUCAGAAGGCUGAGCCACUUGCUGCCAUUCCUGCAAGAGUUGCAGCAAGUUAA